AUGGAUAAAACCUUUCUAUGCUUUAAAAUCUAAUCCUAUAGCCCCUUUAGUAAGAGAUUUAACAUCAAAUGGUGCUGGCCUAGACGUUGCUUCCUAAGGAGAAAUUAGAAAUGGGUUAGAUAUGGGAUUAAACCCCAAAAACAUGAUAUAUUCAAACCCUAUAAAAGAAGAAAAGACAUCUAAUACGCAGUUAAAAAUAACAUAUUGUACACAACUGCUGAUUCUUUCGAUGAGUUAAUAAAAAUCAAAGAACUUGCUCCUUAAAUGAAGAUUUUAUGGAGAAUUUCGAUUCCUGAAGACAACUCGAAAUAGUUAGCUACUGAGUUUUCUAACAAGUUUGGAGACGAUAUCAUUUCUUUAGAAGAUGCUAAAUACAAAUUCAAAUAUAUGGCUAAAGAAUUGGGUGUAAAUAUACACGGAAUCCACUUCCAUUGCGGUAGUGGCAAAAACGGCUCCACUUCAUUCCAAAAAGCAGUCUAAAUGGCAAGAAAAUGCAUUCAAAUAGGCCGUUAAUAUGGGCAUUCUAUGGAAAUAUUAGAUUUAGGUGGUGGAUAUCCUGCUGGAGAUUUGAAUUAAGAAACGAUAGAUGCUUUAUAAGUUACUAAAAACGAUUCUUUGGGAUAUUAAGUAGUGGCAGAACCAGGUCGUCAUUUUUCAUAAAACACUUGUUAUUUAUUCACUAGAAUUUUAGCUAAAAGAGUUAAAUAAGGAAGAAUUUGUUACCAUUUGAAUGACUCCUUGUACCAUUCUUUUAAUUGUAUUUUAAUGGACGGUGUUUCUUUUGAAAAUGAAAAUAAUUAAUUUUAUAAAUGUGUAGAUAAUUCUACAUAAGAACAAUUUGAUAUUUAAGAAACUAAAUCACUCAAGGAUCCUUAUUUGGAAUGA